UUAGAUGCGUGAUGUAAACACGGAAGUACGAGUGAAUAGUGUAGUGGCCGCAACACCUCGUCUAUUGAUCUACUUACUAUCAUUAAACUAUGAACGAUUUCUGCUUUUUCAUGCCAUACUGUAGCUGUUUUUAGGUUUGGCUACAGUUAAGUGGUCUGAGUGUGACGGUGUAAUUUGUUUACAGGAUGGAUCCCAGGCACAGAGAGAUUCUUGAGAAGAAGAGAAGAGAUCUCGCGUUGAGUUUAGACCCAUCAGAUAUCUACGAUGGACUUUUGUCAAGGGGCAUCUUUACUGAUGAUAUGAUCGAUGAGAUAAAGAGUUCUGGACCCAGACGUGCUCAAGUCAGCCAGCUGCUGAGGGACCUAGCGAGACGAGGAAGUCAGGCUUUCCCAGCUUUCCUGGAGUGCCUUCGAGAAACUGGGCAGCACACACUAGCUGAACUGCUCGAGAGUGGAGAUUCUGCUUCUGUACCUGUUCCUCUCCCUGUGCGGCCGAAUGUUAUCCCUCUCCCUGUCUGGAAUCCUGAAGAUUUUAAAAAGCCUGAAAAUGGUGAUGCUCCUAAGAAGCUGAAACCAAGAACACUGCCUAUCGCACCUACUGAGGAUGAAAAUGAAAUAACACCUCGGCCCAGGAGUGAUAGCAUACAGUACUAUAAGAUGGACGCCAGUCCCUGUGGAGUGUGUUUGAUCAUCAACAACGUGGAAUUUGACGUUGCCUCAGACUUAAAGAAUCGCAUGGGGUCUGACAUCGACAGCGAAAAGCUGGAAAGACGAUUCAGAUCUCUCAACUUUCAUGUCAUUGUGAAGAGGAACUUAAAAUGUAAACACAUUCGACGUGAGCUGUCCAUGCUAGCUAAAAUGGAUCAUUCUGGGUAUGACUGCUGUGUUGUAGCCAUCCUGUCACAUGGUACUGAGGCCAGUCACAAUCGCUUCCCUGGAGCAGUCCAUGGUGUGGAUGGACCUUCUGUCCCUGUACAGAUCAUCACUAACUACCUCAAUGGGCAAAAUUGUCCCUCUCUGCAGGGCAAGCCCAAACUCUUCUUCAUCCAGGCUUGUGGAGGAGAUGAGAAAGACAUGGGCUUUGAGGUCUCUCCAGAUGAGAUACAGCACUCAGCAGUAAGGCUUGAUGAGCAAUCGGAUGCCAUCCCCACAUCCUCCAGCAGUGACUCACUGAGCUGUUCUGAUGAGCCAGAUGCUCGGGCCACCCUCCCCACGCCCAGCGACAUCCUAGUGUCCUACUCAACCUUUCCGGGAUAUGUGUCAUGGAGGGACGCAAAGAAAGGCUCGUGGUAUGUGGAGAUUCUGGAUGACGUACUGGAGAAGAAUGCUGCCACUGAUGACUUGGCCACUAUGUUAAUAAUGGUGAACAAUGAGGUUUCUCAAAUAUCUGCCAAAGGCUUGUACAAACAGAUGCCUGGAUCUUUCAACUUUCUCCGGAGGCUGUUCCGCUUUCAGGUCCCGAAGACAGGAGUCAUUAAUGGUGUGCUUAAAACUUAAAAUGGGUAUAAAUCUUGAGUAUCAAGAUUGAAAGGGCGAAUAUUGAUUUCAUUUAAGAGAAUGAAAUCAUCAUUUAAAAAAAACCUUGAGUACUGCAUUUCAAAGUGAAUUUUGAUAAAUUUUUGUAAAAAGUGCUGAUAAUUGUUCAAAGAUUCAAAUAAACACUUGGAUUACAAAAACAAA